AAAAUGAGUAAUCUAAAUCACACUGAACAAUGGGUGGGCAUUGGACUUGUAACCGGAGCUUUAAUUUUAUCAGCCUUCUCUCUGAUUAGAAUGCUUAUUCUUCGAAAUGCCGCUUCAAAAUACUUACUAUUCCCAAUCAUCAAUACACUAUUAAUAUUAGUGGAAAUAAAUACACUUGUGCAAAUAUUUAUCAUAAUUCAUUCGGACAACGCUCGUCUUCAAUUACUAACGAAAACUAUAAAUGAUUUUUUGUAUCUUUUAUCGAAGCCAAUUAUUCUUUAUUUGGCCUAUGAACGUUGUCGUACUGUUUUUCGACCCUAUCAAAAAUAUCCGUGGGCACAUUACGCUUUUAUUUUCCUUCGAAUUGCACAAAUAUUUUCAGUAUUAGUCGGCGACAUAAUUUACAUCGAAAGAGGUGACUACAAUAUGGGCUCGCAUGACCUUUCGAUUUUGAAAAAAAUUCGAGAUGGAUAUGCACCAGUUCCACGGAUUUAUUAUAUCGUGUCAGAAACAAUAUUUUUCGUUUUACUAUUCAAAACUCUACGAGUGUCCGGUGGCUCAAAAGAAGACGGGAAAAUUUUGUAUUACCGUCGUCUUCAAGCCAUUUCAUUCUCGGUGGAUUUGUCGCUCUUAUCAGCAAUGAUUAUAUAUCGAUUAAUCAAUACGUUCGAAAUAGUACCUACAUAUGAUUAUGUUGAUGUAUUUUGCACGGCAUUCACUGUCUUUAAUAUGACUCAAUUUGGUGUCAAGAUCCCGAAAUUAUUCAAAACUCGAAAAAAUAUACAGAUAAAAUCAUCGAACUCGAAUACCAAAAAGUGUAAAUCUUUCCUUAAUUUUGAUAACGAUCCUAUUUGGAAGUUAAAAUCGCCACCACGUACUCCAACAACCCCUAAAAUUCCUGGUCAAUUUGUGCGUAAUAUGGAUAAAAACAAAAACAACGAGCAAGCAUUUAGCAUUCAAGUAUCAGUUCACGAUGUAAUAACCACAACUCAAAACCUUGACCAUCAUCAAAAAGGUUACGUGAAAUCAUCUAAUCAAGUGAACACUGAAAUGUGA